CCGCCAGGCUCUGCAUGUGCGUUCACAGUUGCUCUUGCUGUGGUCGACCUCGGAUGCUCGGAGAAAGUGAGCAGUAGCGCAGGAACGAGAUUGAACGAUCGAUGUCCUGAUCGAAAAUCUUGCUGCCUUCUGUUCAUCCUGAACUGACUCCCAUCAUUCUGCUCUGAACUCAUUCACAGUUAUGGCGGAAACAACUGCACAAGCGACUGCUCCGGCCGGUGACAAGCCCCAAAUCACGCUCUAUUGGCUGGAGCAAAGCCGUGCUCAGCGUGUAGUAUGGCUUCUCGAAGAAUGCAAAGGUGCCGACUACAACAUUGAAGUCUUCAAACGAGGCAAGGACAUGCUCGCUGGUCCAGAAUUGAAGAAGAUUCAUCCCUUAGGAAAAUCUCCGGUCAUCUCGGUCAAGUCAUCAAACACACCACAGCCAAUUGUCAUUGCUGAGUCCGGCACAUUGACUGAAUAUCUGGUCGAUCACUUUGCGGAGCAUCUUCAGCCGACUAGAUAUCAGGCGGGCAAGGAGAAGCAGGUUGGCGGCGAGACGGAGGAGUGGCUACGCUACCGCUUCUACAUGCACUAUGCCGAAGGGAGCUUGAUGUCUAUUCUCUUAAUCGGACUUUUCAUGGAUCAGAUCAAGAAUGCCCCAGUUCCCUUCUUCAUCAAGCCAAUCACUCGCACAAUUGCUGGCCGUGUUGAAGACCAAUUCCUGAACCGCAACUAUGACGCACAUUUCGGAUUCCUUGAGAAGCAGUUGGAAACUUCGCCAAACGGAGGCCAAUGGCUGACUGGAAAAGACUUGACCGCUGCCGAUAUCCUCAUGAGCUUUCCACUCAUUGCAGGAAAGAGCAAGAUCGACUCCACGAAGUUUCCCAAAUUGACAGCGCUGAUCAAGCGAUAUGAAGAGCAUCCAGGUUAUCUUGCUUCUAUCAAGAAGAUCGAAGAAGUCACGGGUGAGAAAUUCCAGCCGAUGAUGGAUGCCAGGAAGUAAAGUGCACCUUGGAUGGCGCACCUCAAUACCUAGAUACCCUCGCGAUGUUUUGUUGGCGCUAAGUCCAAUGUCUGCAGACGCACUCGGACUAUGCUAGCAGCACGAACUCAGCUCCGUCUUUUCGAAACUGCGACUAAUAUUCAAAUUGACCGCCAAAUGCAUUGGGAAUGCGCGUGGCGCAAUGAGCUGCGAGCUUAAUGAUCACACCCAACAUGAACCCGAUGUGAACCCAGCACAGCUUGCGGUAUUUAGCCUGCAAACGACGAGAAGCGACAUCGAAAGCAGACUAAUUACUCCAUAUUUUCGCCGUAUCUGAUUCCCCC